AUGUUCAUUGGUAUUGCUCCUAUUGUUCCAUCACAUGGCUUACGCUCGCGGAAUCCACAGGGGAAGGUUGCAGAGCUACGGCAGGAGCUCAAUAGCGGCGGCAAGAAAGACAAGAACUACUCCGCCAAAAAGAUCGCCCUCAAGAAGAUUGUCGCAAACAUGACCAUGAGCAACAACGACAUGAUUGCGCUUUUCCCAGAUGUUAUCGAUUGCAUGAACCUGCCUAGCUUGGAGAUCAAGAAGAUGUGCUUCUUGUUCCUGGUUAAUUACUCAAGGAUGAAACCCGAGGUUGCAUUGAAGGCGUUGCCAAUAUUGGUUGAUGAUAUGACAGAUAACAACCCACUCGUGCGCGCACUGGCACUACGGACCAUUUCUUAUGUACACGUGCGCGAAUUUGUCGAAGCGACAUUCCAGCCUGUCAAACGCCUUAUGCAAGACAACGAUCCAUAUGUCCGCAAGACGGCCGCUUUCUGCGUUGCUAAGCUAUAUGAGCAUGAUAAGAAGAUGGUGGAAAAUUCGGAUCUGAUUGAUCGACUUAAUCGCAUGUUGAAAGACGAAAACCCGACUGUUGUGUCGAGCGUUCUAGCAUCGCUGGUCGAUAUUUGGGGCCGAAGUGAAUCGAUUUCUCUUACCAUCGACUAUGUCAGCGCCUCGAAGUUGGUUUCGAUUUUGGCAGACUGCUCUGAAUGGGGCCAAACUUACAUUUUGGAGGCGUUGAUGUCCUAUGUGCCUCAAGAUGCUGCCGAGGCACUUCUGCUAGCAGAGCGAAUUGCUCCACGACUUUCACAUCAAAAUUCCGCCGUCGUUCUUACUUCAUGUCGAGUUAUUCUUUAUCUCAUGAACUACAUUGCGGGUGAAAAGCAUAUCACCUCAUUAUGCAAAAAGCUAUCCCCACCUCUCGUCACACUCCUUUCAAAGCCCCCAGAGGUCCAAUAUCUGGCUCUGCGAAACGCUAUCCUAAUUCUCCAGAAGAGACCGGAGGUCUUACGGAAUGAUAUCCGGGUGUUCUUCUGCAAUUACAAUGACCCAAUUUACGUCAAAGUGACUAAGCUGGAACUCAUGUUUAUGCUGACCACGAAGGAAAACAUCUCCGUUGUAUUGGCAGAGCUCCGAGAAUAUGCCACUGAGAUUGACGUUCACUUUGUGCGCAAGGCCGUUCGGGCUAUUGGCAAAUUGGCCAUCAAAAUCGAAUCCUCUGCGAAGCAGUGUAUUGAUACACUCUUGGAGCUGGUGGACGCCAAGAUCCCAUAUAUUGUCCAAGAAGCAACAGUGGUGAUCCGCAACAUUUUCCGCAAAUACCCCAACCAGUACGAAAGUAUAAUCAGCCACGUUAUUCGGAACAUCGACGAUCUGGAUGAACCCGAGGCCAAGGCAGCCGUUAUUUGGAUCAUUGGCCAGUAUGCGGAUCGCAUUGAUAAUUCAGAUGGCCUCCUCCAAGAUUACUUGUCUACUUUCCACGACGAAACGGUCGAAGUGCAGCUGGCCCUGCUCACGGCUACUGUCAAGCUAUUUAUCCAGCGACCCACCAAGGGCCAGCAACUUGUACCGCAAGUACUUAAAUGGUGCACUGAAGAAACAGAUGAUCCCGAUCUUCGCGACCGUGGCUACAUGUACUGGCGACUGUUGUCCACAGACCCAGCAACUGCCAAACAGGUGGUCAUGGGUCAAAAACCUCCAAUUACCGCAGAGAGCGAAAAGCUGGACCCUCGCACGCUCGAGGAACUGUGUCUGAACGUGGGUACUCUGGCUACGGUAUACCUGAAACCCAUCCAUCAAGUCUUCCGUGCUGCCCGCCCACGACGUCUGUUACCCAGCCCGGCUUUGCAACGCCCCCCAGUUGAGGACGGCACAGGCAAUAUGCUGGAAUACAACCCUCCCUCCGCCAAUAUGGCCUCUGCGUCAACUAGUAACAGUGGCCUAGCCACCAUCACCACGACGGGAAAUCCAAUCACACCGAUCAACGCGCCGCCUACACCCAAUCUCCCGGUUGGUCCCGGGCCCAACACCGCAUACACAGGGCCCAGCAACAUGAACGAGGCUGCUGAUGCAGCAGACGCCUACUUCAGCGGAAUUGGCUCUCAGCAAAUGGCUUCCUUGGACCUGGAUGGUACCGGUGGUGGAGGUGCGCCUCAGACGCAAUAUGUCGUGACGCAAAAUCAACAGCAGGGGUAUCAGCCACAGCUAGCGGGUGGAGCUGCCACUGGUGAGCUGUUGUUGUUAUAA